AUGAGAGGUAGGGUUGACAGGACCGUGAACAAGGGAGGCGGGCCCCCUGUAUUCCGAUUAAAUGGACAGAACUAUCAUUUAAUGGGAAGUUUACUUCCACAAGAAGGCAAGCCACCACAUUUUGCCCAACUAUACAUAUACGACACAAACAAUGAACAAAUAAACCGUAUCAAUGCUGUGAGGGAUGGUUGUAAUCAAGAUGACAUUCAUAUAGACAUAGUGAAUGUCAUUCAAGGUGAGUUGGAUCAAAAUAAUGUCUUGGUUAAGUCAUUUCGUAUGGCUAAGUCAGAAAUGGAUAGAAAUCCCUGCGCUGAAGUCAAGAUAAAAUUGCUAGGCAAGCGCAAGAAAGAUGCUAGGACAUACAAUUUACCUGAAGUGUCUGAAGUAGCUGCAUUAAUAGUUGGAGAUCUUGAUACCAGUAUAGGUGAGCGUGACAUUGUCGUUCAAACUAAGGGCGGCCAGCUACAAAGAAUAAGUGAAUUAAACCCUUCCUACUUGCCACUUCAAUACCCAUUGUUGUUUCCAUAUGGUGAAGAUGGUUAUAGGGAAGACAUUUCCUUCUCUAACAUAAAGGGAAACUGUGGUGCUGGCGGAAGACAAAGGAUUUGUCCAAGGGAAUUUUUUUGCUAUCGCUUGCAAUCAAGAAAAGAGGUUGUCAGUACAAUACUACAUGCGAAGACGUUAUUCCAACAAUUUGUUGUUGGCGGAUAUACAAUGGUUGAGUCAGGAAGACUCAUCUAUAUAAGGACACACCAAAAAAGCUUACGUUGUGAAUCAUAUAGUGGGUUGACAGAUGCUUUAACUCGGGGUGAAAUAAAUCCAGCAAAUCAGGGGCGUAGGAUAAUUUUACCAUCGAGUUUCACUGGCGGAGCAAGGUACAUGAUACAAAACUACCACGAUGCGAUGGCUAUUUGUAGAUGGAUUGGAUAUCCGAAUUUAUUUAUAACUUUUACCUGCAACCCAAAGUGGCCUGAGGUGCAACGUUUCCUUACUGACCGUAGUUUGAAAGCUGAAGACCGUCUUGACAUAAUUUGCAGGUUGUUUAAGAUGAAGCUCGAUUCCUUGAUAGCCGAUUGUAGAAAGAAGAAACUGUUUGGAUCGGUUGCUGGAGUUAUAUAUACCAUUGAGUUCCAAAAAAGAGGCCUCCCGCAUGCGCAUAUAUUGCUCUUUUUGGAUAAAAGAAAUGAAGUUAGUGAAGUUGGAGCUUUAGACAAAAUAAUUUCAGCUGAGAUACCUGAUGAAAAUAUGGAUGUAGAAUACUACAAAGAUGUUGAGGAAUUUAUGAUGCAUGGGCCAUGCGGAAAAGCUAGACUGAAUUCUCCGUGUAUGGUGAAAGGAAGAUGUUCCAAACAUUUUCCCAAAAUUUUUUUAGAAUGUUCUACUUUUGAUGAUGAUGGGUAUCCCUUAUAUAGACGUCGAGAAAAUGGAAGGACAAUAACAAAGAAUGGCAUUGUCUUGGACAACAGGUAUGUUGUACCGCACAACAGACAUUUAUUGCUUAAAUACAAGGCACAUAUAAAUGUGGAGUGGUGCAACCAGUCCCGUUCAAUCAAGUACCUUUUCAAAUAUGUCAAUAAGGGACACGACAUGGUAACAGCCGAGUUCUACAAAACAAGCAAUGAUUCAGAUGUUGGAAAAUCUGUAGAUGAGAUUAAUAUGUACUAUGACUGUAGGUACAUUUCACCCUGCGAGGCUGUAUGGCGGUUGUUUGGCUUUGAUAUACAACUUAGGGCUCCAUCAGUGGAAAGGUUAAGCUUUCACUUACCCAAUCAACAAAGUGUGAUUUUUGCCGAUGACGAUCCAGUUGACAACAUUGUGAAUAGACCAACUAUAGGACAAAGCAUGUUCUUGGAAUGGUUUGAGGCUAACAAGACAUUUCCAGAGGCAAGAAAGAUGACUUAUGCUGAGAUGCCAACGAAAUUUGUGUGGAAGAAACAACUACGAAAAUGGCAGCCAAGGAAAAAAGGAUUCGCAAUAGGAAGGAUUUUUUACGUCCCACCUGGCACUGGUGAAAUUUUUUAUUUAAGAUGUUUGUUGAAUAAAGUUCGUGGUCCUACAUCUUUUGCUGAUAUAAAGAUUGUGAAUGGUGUGCAAUAUGAUUCAUUCCGCGAUGCGUGCUAUGCUAGAGGCUUAGUUGAUGAUGACAAAGAAUAUAUAGACGCAAUAGAGGAAGCAAGUCAUUGGGCUUCUGGAGAUAAGUUGAGGAGGUUAUUUGUUACACUAUUAAUGACCAGCUGUAUAGGUAAACCUGAAGCUGUUUGGUAUGCCAUGUGGCAACAUUUGUCUGAAGAUGCACAAUAUCAAGUUCGGAAACAAUUGCAAAAUUCAGAUUCUGAGUUGAAUGACAAUCAGAAGAUGAAUUUUGCGUUGGUUGAGAUUGAAAAAUUGUUAUCAAUAAUGGGAAAGAGUCUUAAGGACUUUCCAGAAAUGCCAGUUGCAGAUUUGGAGUCAUAUAAUUUAAUAUCAAAUCGGUUGAUACAAGAAGAAUUGGCAUAUGAUCGUGUUGCUCAGGAGAAAGAGAAUAACGAUUUGGUUAGUCAACUGACAGAUGAGCAAAAGGUAAUAUACGAGGAGGUGUUAACAGAUAUUGAAAGCAAAGCUGGUGGAUUUUUCUUCGUUUAUGGAUAUGGUGGUACUGGUAAGACCUUCUUGUGGAGAGCACUUUCAUCCGCUUUAAGACGUAAGGGUGAAAUUGUUCUAAAUGUUGCAUCUAGCGGCAUAGCUUCUCUCCUGCUACCAGGUGGUCGGACAGCACAUUCUAGGUUCGCAAUACCUAUAUCUGUUAAUGAAGAUUCCACUUGCAACAUAAGACAAGGCACCCCGUUGGCGGAGCUUAUUAUGCAAAGCAAGUUGAUAAUAUGGGAUGAAGCUCCAAUGAUGCACAAGUUCUGCUUUGAAGCCCUAGACCGAACUCUGCGUGAUUUAUUGCGCUCCACAAAUCCAAGAAGCUGUGAAAUGACAUUUGGUGGUAAAACAGUUGUUUUGGGUGGCGAUUUUAGACAAAUUCUUCCGGUUAUUCCAAAGGGCACAAGGCAAGAUAUUGUUGGAUCGAGCAUAAAUUCAUCAUACCUUUGGAGAUCAUGCAAAGUAUUUAGGCUAACAAAAAAUUUACGCCUAACAUGUGUAAAAUCACAAAUAGAGGUCAAAGAGAUUGAAGAGUUUGCAAACUGGAUAGCAGAUAUAGGUGACGGGAAAAUUGGAAAUUCAACGGAUGGUGACGCAGAGUUAACAAAUCCAGAUAAGUUUCUACUUAAAUGUGAUGGUGAUACUAUUUCUACAAUUGUUGAUAGCAUUUUCCCGUUGUUUAUAAGUGCUAAUGGUGAUUUAUCAUACCUUGAGGAUAGUGCCAUAUUAGCACCAACAUUGGAUACGGUAGAUAUCAUUAACCAAUACAUGAAUGAUCAAAAUCCAAGUGAAGCUAGGACUUAUUUGAGUUGUGAUUCAGUUUGCAAGUCAGAUUCUAAUGCAGAUAUGUUAGCGGAAUUGCACACUCCAGAAUUCUUGAAUGGUCUGCGAUGUUCUGGUGUACCUAAUCAUGCAUUGACUUUGAAAAUUUGGUCACCCGUUAUGCUCUUGAGAAAUAUUGAUCACACUCUUGGCUUGUGCAAUGGUACAAGAUUGAUUGUAACAAGGUUAGCUGAUCAUGUGUUGGAAGCAAAAAUAAUGGGGGGUACAAAUGCAGGUACUACAGUUUUGAUUCCAAGGAUGUCACUAACACCGUCAGAUCCAAGAUUGCAUUUCAAAUUCCAAUGA